CGUAGUAUUUGUAUUUUUCUCUCGGGAAUGGAGAUAAUUUUUUUUAAAAAAAAUCUAAGGCUAAACCCGAGUUCGAUGUCUGACAACUGCACUGGGAGGCAAUUACGCCAAGCAUAAAGCCUCUGCAAUUACAACUGGUAAAUUGGUGGUCGACGCGUGGUGGUCAAAGUCACAGAGUCCGUCCUUUCGUCGAAAAAGUGCUGUUUGGCCGGCGCUAUCCUAUAAAUAUGACCAUUGCCGUUUCCUUCUCUCCAAUAAACACUCUCUCUACUCCCCUCAUUAAUUAGCGUCUAAUUAUUUUUUAUUUGUUUCUGCGAGUGAGUGUUUUGGCCUUUUCAGAUCUAUGGCUCGCUCCAUCUCCAGCUCGAAGCUCAUCUCCUCCGUGGCUGACAGGGUCUCCGCCGUAAUCAGCCGGCGAUACGCGGCGGCGGCGGCCCAGGGCGCGGUUUCCGGCGGGGGAAGAGGAAGCGCGGUGGUGGAGAGAGGCGGAGAAGCGGCGAGCAGAAACGAGAUCUCUUGGGUGCCCGACCCCGUCACCGGGCACUACCGGCCGGAGCGUGCCGGCAAGGAGGUGGACGGCGGAGACGACGGAGAGAGAUUUUCUCUCGAGGCACAGAGCAGAAGAAACUCAUAAAUUCGAAGAGAAGAUUUAUAAAAUUUUAUUAUUGGGAGGCUCUUUCCAAGCUAAAAAACAUGGGCGUUGAUGCGGUGGUGCUCUCCUUAGAUAAUCUCAAAUUGGUUCAAGUAUUACAACAAAGGGAUGCCUCUUCCGUGGUGUCCUACGUGGGCUCAAUUUUGGACACUUGCUUUACUCUUAUUUCUUCAUUUAGGCAUAUCGAAUUUCAUUUUAUUCGUAGAUGUGAGAAUAUUUUGGCUCAUGUGUUUGCUAGAUUUAAUUGCUUCCAACACAUAUUUCAGCAUAACAUGUUGCAGUGGCAGAGCCUCGGGGGCACCCAACGGGGUGUGGGGACAGCGUAUGAGAUUUUUUUAAAAAUGCAAUAUAAAAUGAUAAAAGAUUAUUUUUAAAUUUCAAAUCUUUUAAGUUGCAAUACAAAUCUUAAACAUUU